GAUUACACAGACAAGGUCGUGCGAAUACACGUCUCUCUGUACCGAACAUGACAUAAAGAUCGCGUAUCAAUGUAAAGCGGUUGACUGAUUGCGAGGGGUGAUCAGCUGACUAGCAGCAUCCUUGACUGACUGACUGCUGCCGUUCACCGUGUUGUUGGUUUAAUAAUCGACCUGCAGAGCGCGUGUUAUGCUGCCGAGAGAGAAUUCAGGUGACGGAGAAACAACAGCAGCAUGGCGGCAGAGAUUCAACCCCGUCCGCAGACACGAAAGCCCGUCCUGUUGAGCAAAAUCGAGGGUUUCCAAGAUGUGGUGAACACGGCUGUGAUCAUUCCCAAAGAGGACGGGGUUAUCAGCGUAUCUCAAGACAGGACAAUCCGUGUGUGGUUGAAGAGGGACAGCGGUCAGUACUGGCCCAGCGUCUAUCACACAAUGUCUGCUCCAUGUUCAUGUAUGUCCUUCAACCCAGAGACAAGGAGGAUAUCUGUUGGGAUGGAUAAUGGCGUUGUGUCGGAGUUUGUCCUGUCAGAGGACUAUAACAAGAUGACUCCUGCACGAACAUAUCAGGCUCAUCAGGGUGGUGUGACUGUGGUGUUGUUUGUCUUAGAGAUGGAGUGGGUUCUAAGCACAGGUCAGGACAAGAGCUUUACGUGGCACUGCUCAGAGAGUGGACAGCAGCUGGGCUCAUACAGAACCACAGCAUGGGUGUCUGGACUCCAAUUUGAUGUGGAAACCAGACAUGCUUUUGUUGGAGAUCAUUCCGGUCAAGUAACAAUCCUAAAGCUGGAGCAGGACAACUGCAGCUUGGUCACCACCUUUAAAGGCCACACAGGCAAUGUUACUGCUCUGUGUUGGGAUCCCGUUCAAAGGGUUUUAUUUUCUGGAAGUUCUGAUCAUUCAAUCAUCAUGUGGGACAUCGGGGGCCGAAAAGGCACAGCCAUCGAACUGCAGGGACACAAUGAUAAAGUGCAGGGUUUGUGUUAUGCUCCUCACACUCGUCAGCUCAUUUCCUGUGGCUUAGAUGGAGGAAUAGUUAUCUGGAACAUGGACGUCACACGACAGGAGACCCCCGAGUGGCUAGACAGUGACUCGUGUCAGAAGUGUGAACAGCCGUUCUUCUGGAACUUCAAACAGAUGUGGGACUUUAAAAAAAUUGGCCUGCGGCAGCAUCACUGUAGGAAGUGUGGCCAAGCCGUGUGUGGAAAGUGCUCUUCUAAGCGUUCCACUAUUCCUCUCAUGGGAUUUGAGUUUGAGGUGCGGGUUUGUGACAGCUGUCAUGACUCCAUUACCGAUGAGGAACGGGCCCCCACAGCAACAUUCCAUGAUAGUAAGCACAGCAUCGUACAUAUACAGUAUGAACCAACCAGGGGCUGGCUGCUCACCUCUGGGACUGACAAAGUCAUCAAGCUGUGGGACAUGACUCCAGUGGUAUCUUGAGAAUUCUUAGCACCGUCAGCAGAAAGGAACUGUGAGGGUGUGAUCAGUCCGGAACCUGAACCAAGAACUGUGUGUUUGUGAAGAACGUUCAGAGCUCCGCAUAGUUUUCCAAGGAAACAUAUCUUAACCAAUGACCGAUCAGAAUUCUGAUACCACUUUCCUUUGGAAAAAUUCAAGGACAUCAUGUAGUGACAUGGAAAACUGAUGGUUUAAAAAACAAAACAACAGAACAUGUGCAUUUGUAUGCAUUUGUGCAUGUGCACGUGGGUUAUUGGAGACAUGUAAAUAUAGUCUAAAUCUGCUUGGUGUGUAAAUAUUUGAGGUUGUUUAUACUGACAUGAACCAGUGUUGUUAUAUAUUGUCUGUGUCUAUAUUCCACUGUCAUCUUAUACUACUUUAUCCCAAAAAUAAAUUAAUCAUCCUGAUAUUACAUCAAAGCAUGCUGGAACUGUUUUUAUAUUUAAGUGUCUUCAUCACUACUUAAUCAGUGGUCAAGAUUUGGCAUGAAAAUAAAUCUUAAUCUAAAAAAUA